AUGGGUCUGGCAUACAACACAUAUCUGAGUAGCAACAAGAUCUACGGCUGCAAGAACUGCAAGGCCCACCUCUCGAACCACGAAGACAUCAUCAGCCGGAACUUCCGCGGCCAGCACGGAAAGGCCUAUCUGUUCAACAAUGUCGUCAACAUUGAUGCUGGCGAGCCCUCGGAGCGCAGCAUGACUACGGGGCGGCACAUUGUACGCGACAUCACUUGCAGGCAGUGCAAGGACACCGUCGGCUGGAAGUACGAUAAGGCCUACGAAUCAUCCGAGAAGUACAAGGAGGGCAAGUUUAUCCUCGAGGCGGAGCUUUUGUGCAACGUCAAUUAA